AUGGUAUUUAAUAUUAUUCUAGGAUUGUUUUGCAUGACUAUUCAUGGUAGAAGAAAGCUUAUCAGUUCACAAUUGGAUAAAUCUGACACUUUUUCCAAAAAUCCGGAUCUUCCGGUGGCCUGUACUCCGGCCACCGGUCCGUGCAGUGCGAUUUUUCAUCGGAUUAUUGUUCCUGGUGCAAAAACGAAGCUUUUGGUGUAUAGCAAUCGAUGGUUUGCGCGAAAUCAUGUUGCGGUAAUUUUUUGGGUCCUUUUUUCCCACUGUGCAGUGAAAGCCAAAGUCCACUACACAUAGCUGUUUUGAGUUCGUCGAUCAAUGUUGUAAAGUUUCUGGUUAAAACAGACAUAAAUUUAAACUUGACCGAUAAAGAUGGCAACACUGCACUGCAUUUGGCUGUUAAACAAGUAAACACUGAAAUCGUUAAACUGCUGGUUUCAAGUGAGGCAAAUGUUUACGCAACUAAUAAAGCGAAAAAAACUCCAUUGGAUUUGAUAUCUUUUGAAAAUUCUCCUGAUAUCUUAUUAUGUUUAUUAGAAAAACAUUUCAUGUUCAAAUGUGACAUUGUUUUCAAGAAUUCUUUACUUUUUUAUGCUGCAUUUUUCGGGUGUAUGAAAUCCGUAAAUAUUCUCGUUGAAAGUAGUGUUAAUGUUAAUAGUGAAGACAGUGAAAAAAAUACAGCUUUACACUUUUCUGCUCGAGAAGGGCAUAAACAAAUUGUUGAAUACUUGAUAAAUAAAGGAGCUGAAAGCAAUGUACAAAAUAGUAAUGGAAAAUCACCACUCAUGUUGGCACUGGAACAAGGUCAUCAUGCCAUUGUUUCCAUCUUAAAAGAACAUUCAGCAAAACCCGAUUUACGACUCUUACAAACAAUGUUAAGAGAAUCUGUUAUAAAAAACCAGGAAAACGUGUUGAAGUCAUUGAUUGAAGUUGGUGCUGAAGUAAAUUUCCAGGAUGAAAAAACAGGAAAAACUCUUUUUCAUCUUCAUUUGGUACAGAAUGAUACUUUUCCAAAACCAAACAUUAUUAAGUUGUUGAUAGAAGCUGGCGCGAUAGUUGAAAAAUUUGAUAAUGAAGGCAAUUCCCCUUUACAUCAUGCUUCAAAAUAUGAAGCUAUUUUUCCACUUUUAAUUAAUCACUGUUGUAAAAUAAAUCGAUAUAACUCCAAUAAAGAAACACCACUCCAUUUGGCACUAGAAGCCAAAAAAUCAUUCGCGGCACGAUUGUUGUUAUUUAAGCAAGCUUGUAUUCAUCUCACCGACACAAAUGGCAACACUGCCUUACACGUGGCAUUGAAAAAUAAUCUUCAAGACGUUGCAAAUAUUUUAAUACAUCUCGACUCAAACGUUAACAGUCAAAAUUCGAAAGGAGAAACUCCACUUCAUCUGGCAGCAAUAAGCGGUAAUUUAGCGGCCGCGAGAAGAUUAAUAGAAAAUGAAGCAUCUGUGACUGCAAAAACCAAAGAGGGAAAAACUGCUCUAGAUUAUGUGGAGAAAGGCAAAAUGAGUGCAAAAGUUCGGAGGUUACUCUUCGAACUUGUCAAAACAAAAAUGCCAAAGUAAAAAUGAUUACGAUCC